AUGGCUAGAGUUUCCAUCUUUGCUUCCAAAUUCAUCAUCCUCUCACUCCUCUCUUCCUUUGCCACAAUUUUGGUAACUGGAGACCAAGAUCAUGAAUUUGUGAGAAGCAUGGACAGGAAGCUGUUAGGGCUCAAGAAAGAAAAGCUCAGCCAUUUCAAAUUAUAUUGGCAUGACAUCCUUACUGGCCCUAACCCUAGUGCCAUCCAAGUUGUGCCACCAGCGAACACAUCAAAAACAGCUUUUGGGUUGGUGAGAAUGAUCGAUAACCCAUUAACCUUAGGGCCUGAAAUGAGCUCAAAGUUAGUAGGAAGGGCACAGGGGUUUUAUGCACAAGCAUCGCAAGAAGAUAUUGGCUUAUUAAUGGCCAUGAACUUUGCUUUUAUUGAAGGUAAGUAUAAUGGUAGCACUAUUACUGUUCUAGGGAAGAACACUGUGCUUUCGACGGUGAGAGAGAUGCCGGUUAUUGGAGGGAGUGGAAUUUUCCGGUUUGCUAGAGGUUAUGUUCAGGCAAGAACUCACAAGUUUGAUCUCAACACAGGAGAUGCUACAGUUGAGUAUAAUGUCUACGUUUUACAUUAUUGA